AGCUGCUUUUCGUUGAUGUCGUCAUACCUGCAAAUAUACAGAUACGUCCGUAUACAAAAAUCUGAUGAAAAUAUUAUUGGCCAUUUGCACAUUAGACAACAUUAUCUGUGGAACUGUGGUAAUUAUAUCAGCAAUCCAUUUCUUCAGUUGCCACACAGCAUAGGCUUUGUUACAUUAGUAGUGUUAAUAUUUGUUUGCAUAUAAAGUACCAGACAUUAUUUUCACCGAGUGGAUUGUUCCCAUUGAAAAUUGUUGAAGCUAUAUUACAAUCACUUGAUUCUAACGAUCUCUGCUUUCUUCAAAUCUUUGGACUCUUUCUUGGUGCAGUGGAAAUAUCAGGGUCUACUUCACAAUGGUUGAAAACACCAUUCAAAGCAUUGACUCAUCAGCCUACAGAGUAAAUCUGUCCCAUCUGGACGAAAACAUAGUUAUCGCGCACAAUAACAAAGAAAGAGAAAGCCUUCGAAGACUCCUCUUGCUAUCUCAACAUGACUAUUAUGUUUUUUUAUGUGUCAAUGACAAGUAUGCACACGCCUUUGUUCUGUGUGUCACUGCUGAAGAGAAUGAUCCUAACUUUGAACUAUCUAACAUACCAGAUGAAAAGCCUUGUUGGAAAAUUCACUUGGCGUUCGAAAGUAUGCAUUUAAGGAGGUAUAAGAUCUAUAAGGAAGAAUGUACUUAUGAAGAGGUCAAAGACACCAUAGAUAGAAGGUAUUACGUUGGCAAAUACAAUGGUACGAGUGAAUAUGCUUUGGAUCUGGCAGCAGUAGAAGUAGCCCCACACCGAUAUAAUGCGCUUUUGAACGACUGCAUGGAAUUUGCAAAGAAAUUUUGCAUUAAAUUGUCAGAUUAUUGUAAUAAUGAGCACGAAUUCAAAGAUAUAGUUAAAGACAGGAUAAGAAAUGCUACAGCAACGGGGUACAGAGUCGAGACAGUGUCAAGAAGAGUGCAGAGUUCUGCUAUUACUGGACACGUGCUCUAUGGAGGAGCAGACGUCAGCAGCUUCUUGUAUGGAACACACGGUCCAGCAGUUGUGUUAGCAGUGGUUAUUUUUCUCCUGAUUUAUCCGAUUCUAGUUACUGUACUGGUGGUGGCAAUUGUCAAAUACUACAGCAUUUUGUAAUGUUUAUUCAAAAG